ACGAUCUCUUCGAAAAGUUCAAGCUCGAGCGCAAUCUUCGAAUCAUGGAAAAGUCCAGACUGGAAGCCAGAAUCGCCGCACUGGAAAGGGUAAGCACUUGUGAUUACUGAUUGCGUGUUCGACCUUGUUUAGUUGAUUAAACCGGAUAGAAAAAGACGAGGUUCUUGUUAGAAGUAAAUACAAGAGUGAUGAUAAUAUUUAGUGUUACCGACUUCCCUCCCAUGUCCAUGUGGUAGUUCCUACGUCGCUUUUAAUUGUACUUCUGAUCUGUUGCAGGAAAAAGCUGAGCAGACUUUCGUGGAGAAUUUGCGGAUCCUGGUUUCAGCGCCUACUGUGAGCGUGCAGUUCGGUGGGAAAUCGGCCGUGAAUGUCAGUUCGCAGUUUCCCAUCCACAAGGUGCAAGAGGCAGUGGAAGAAGAGGUGUUGCCGCACUACACGAAGCUCCUAGCAGUAACGACAGCUGAGAACGGUCAAAAAAUGGUAGGUGAUCAAAGUCUGGAUCAGCACGUGCAAAAAAUGUGUGGGCGUAUUGUACAGCACAUUACAGAAAAAGUGGAGAAGAUCGUUCCGGUUGCAAAGGUUACGACGUUGAAAAACAACGCAGACAAGACAAAUGUACCCCCUUAAUGGUUAUCCUUACAAUAAGAUAGCCAUGAUUCCCCAUGGAGACAUUUGUUUGCUGUAGGUUGAUGACAUGAUCAUUUCUCUUUUUCUAAUACUGCCACACCAGGUAGCUUUGUAUAAUCAUACUUUUGGCCCUUUGAUUUCUACGUACUAAAGAGUGGUUAGUACUUACUCAAGCAUAUUGCAUUAAUCAGUCUCAGUGUGCAUAGUAUGUACUGCUAGUACUAGCAGUAAGAAUUUUUUGCUCCAGGAGUUUUGCAUGUUGCAAGUUAACCAUUGAGGGCUACCUGUAUGUCAUAUUGAGAUAAACCGGUCUUUCAUAUGAUCAUGUGCUGGCAUUGAAAUUCAAAAAACAAUGGUAGGAAGUGUUCGUCUUGAUAGAAGAAGUCCUUCCCUUGAUAUAAAACUCAGGACAAGACUUUCUCGCAGUAUUCAAGUACGAAAUAGUAAGCGAGCAGUGCCAGAUGUGCCUGUUGAGCUAUCUUGACAUCAAGUAGUUAGUAGAGUAGAAUUCACCGACAUGACUAUUAUUUUUGUCGAAGAUGCAGC